UGAGGGUAAAGGCCAAGUGCCAGGUCCUACACUUGGGUUAUACAAACCCUGUGGAAUGCUCUAGGCUGGGGGAAGAGAGGCUGGAAAGCUGGGAAAGGCCCUGGAGGUGCUGGUGAGAGCAGCUGUACAUGAGACCAGGUGGGCAAAAGGCAGAAGGCACCCGGGCUGUUCCAGCAUUGGUGUGUGGCCACAGGCCUGUCCCCUGUUCUGGCACUGCUGGGCCACUUCAAGCCCCCGGGACAGAUUUGGAGCCCUCAUGGCAAGAGAGGGGCUGUCCAAAGAAGGGAAUGAUCCAGGGGAAGGGUCUGGAGCACCAGGAGGAGCUGGGGGGGCUCAGCCUGGAGAAAAGGAGGAUCAGUGUGGACCUUCUGGCUCUCCACAAGACCCUGACAGGAGGGUGCAGCUGCGGGGUAUGUCAGGCUCUGCUGCCAGGGAACAAGGACAGGACAAGAGAAAACAGCCUCAAGCUCUGCCAGGGGAAGUUGAGGUUGGACAUGAGGAGGAAUUUCUUUAUAGAAAAUGGUGUCAGGCAUCAGAAUGGGCUGCUCACGAAGGUUAUGGAGUUCCCAGCCCUGGAAGUGUCCAAGGAAUGACUGGACGUGGCACUCAGUGUUCUGGUCUGGGUGACAAGGUGGGGAUUGGUCACAGGUUGGACUCAAAGAUCUUGGAGGUCUUUUCCAGAUUUAAUGGCUCUGAAAUCCCUCUGGCUCCUUUCCCAGCUCUGCUCCAGGACCGCCCCAUUCCUCUCUGUAGCUCAGCAACCACAUGCCAGCCCAGCCCUGACACUGCCGCUGCUGUUCCGGGUCUCCCAGAGCUCUCACAGCCAUGGAGCCCACGGGGCGCCGCGCUGCCCAGGGAGGGGAGGGGGCUCUGGGGGGCUUCGGUGGGGGACAGGUCCUGAAGCCCUAUGACAGCUUCAUCCGCACCCACCUGCGCUUCUAUGGCUACUUCCGAGAUGAGAAGAUGGGCAGGGAAGAGACAUCCACCAUGGGCAACACUGGCCGUGGCUGGCAGCGAGGUCCUGGGCACGAGCCAAACCCCCCCAGGGUGGUGGAGCAGACCCCCUGCCAGGGCAGGCUGGCCCCCUCAACACAGCCCUGGGGGUUUCCAGGAAAACCACAGGCUCCAUUCUCCCUCCCCGCUCCCCGCUGGCCUGUGGAGUGUGAAGUCAUCCAGGAGACGAUUGAGCACAUCGAGUGGGUCCCCCCUAAACCGGAGCCCUUCUGCCCACCCAUGGGCCUGGAGCAGGCCCUGUACACCCUCGGUGAGGAGCAGGGCACCGUUGUCUACCACUCCAGCCCAGGUAACAGAGCACGGGCAGCGCCCCUGAGUGCCUCCACUCUCCCCGGACCCCCCACCACUGUCUCUGCUCCCCCCACAGCGCCCCAAGGCUCCUGCUUUACCCGUGCUCGGGUCGGGGGUGCCCCGGGGCCGCUCUCCUCGCCAGCAGCCCCCUUGGAGGGUCCCCAGGACACCACGCUGCUCUUUGAGUCCCGCUUUGAGAGUGGGAACCUCCAGAAGGCCAUCAAGGUGGGUCCCUACGAGUACGUGCUGACGCUGCGGCCGGACCUGUACACGGCCAAACACAUGCAGUGGUUCUACUUCCGUGUCCAAAACACUCGGCAGGAGCCGCUCUACCGCUUCACCAUCGCCAACAUGGCCAAGCACAAGAGCCUCUACGGCCAGGGCCUGCAGCCACUGCUCUACUCCCAUCAGGAUGCCCAGAGCCGUGGCAUAGGCUGGCGCCGGGUGGGGACCGAUGUCUGCUACUACCGUGGCAGCACGGGGGAGCCGCCGAUGUUCCGGCUCAGCUGGACGGUGCGCUUCCCGCACAACGGCGACACGUGCUUCUUCGCCUCCUGCUACCCCUACACCUACUCGGACCUGCAGCGUUACCUGCGCGCGCUGGCGGCCGACCCGGUGCGCUCGCGGUACUGCACGGUGCAGGCGCUGUGCCGCAGCCUGGCCGGCAACACCGUGUACCUGCUGACCAUCACCAGCCCAGGCGGCACGGCCGGCAAGCGGGUGGUGGUGGCGAGCGCCCGCGUGCACCCUGGAGAGAGCGGCGGCUCCUGGGCCAUGAGGGGAUUCCUCGAUUUCCUGCUGAGCGCCCACGCGGACGCGAGGCUCCUGCGCCGCCUCUUCGUCUUCAAGGUGGUGCCGAUGCUCAACCCCGAUGGGGUGGUGGUGGGCAACUCCCGCUGCUCCUUGGUGGGACGGGAUCCCAACAGGGCCUAUGGGAUGGCGCUUCCCGGCUCCUUCCCCGGCGUGUGGCACCUGCGGGCCAUGGUCCAGAGGGUGCUGGAGGAGCGGGAGGUGCUGCUGUACUGCGACUUCCACGGGCACAGCCGGAAGAACAACGUCUUCAUGUACGGCUGCGAUGCUGGCGGGGACGGCACCGGGACACGGCUGCGCCAGCGUGUGUUCCCCCUGAUGCUGAGCAAAAACGCCCCCGACAAGGUGGGACACGGAUCCCUCAGGGCCACAUGUUGUGGUGACAGUGGGAAUGCAGCCACCGUGCUGCUUCCCGAGCUGUCCCUCUGGGGUUGGGACCCCUCUGACCCUGGGGCCCUCCAGUUCUCUUUCUCCAGCUGCAAGUUCCAGGUGCAGAAGAGCAGAGAGGGGACAGGCCGGGUCUCCAUGUGGCGCCUGGGUGUCUCCCACAGCUACACCCUAGAGGUGGCUUUCAGUGGCUCCACGCUGGGUGAGAGGCUGCCACAGCCACGGGGACGGUGCCAGGGGGGCAGUCCUGGGUUGGGGAGCUGCCCUUGUUUCCUUUUCCCUGUCCCCUCCAGGCAGGAGGAGCUCGCACUUCAGCGUGGAGGACCUCGGGUCACUGGGCCGUCUCCUCUGUGACACCCUGCUUGACUUCUGCGACCCUGCGCCCACCAAGGUGGGCUUGGACCUGGCCCAGGGUGUCCCGGUGCCGUGGGACCACGGUGACACCGGGACACCGGCGCUGUCCUGCAGUUCCAGCAGUGCCUGGCGGAGGCGGAUGCGCUCCUGCAGCAGCAGAUGGGUCGUGAGCUGGGCUCUGGAGGCAGCUGGAGCGAUGUGUCCCCCUCAGAGCUUGAGUCCAGGUAUGUCAUCCCCUGUCACCCCAUGUCACCCUGAGGUGCCACUGAGGGCUGCAGAUGGCUCUUUCCCCCUGCAGCACCAGUGGCUCCGACAGCUCUGUGUCUGAUGGGAUCCCAGAUGACUUCCACAGCCCUGACCGGCCAGUGAGUUCCCAUGUGCCACUGAUUUUGAGGUGGGAGGGAUGCAGAGCCAGGGUGGAACAAGGUGACAGAGG